AUGGAGCAAGAUAUCACUGAAAUUAGUUUGCUUUCAUUUGAAAUGGUUUGUUUUGCUUCUUUGCUGCAUUUGCCUUAACUUCUAUUUCAGAGUUUUAGCUUAAUAAAGUCUUCUCAGUUUUAGAAAUAAGCAUAUAGAGAUUUAAAUAAUUUUACAGUAGUGUUAGUGACAACAUUUGUCGCAACUCCCCUGCUGCUCUUGUUUCUGAAAGAGCUGUUUUGAACUUUCCUCUGAGCUCCUGGGUAGGGGUCUUGGCUUUUUUCUUUGUCCUUUUGCAUCCCUGCUUGUGGCAUUUGCUUGCGCUGAAGAUAUUUCGAGAAUUCCCUCUCUGUUUAGAAGAGGAAAUCUGAACCAAACAGCCUUGGCCACUAGGUUGCCUCCAAAGGUUCCUAAGUUAAGGGGGGAGAGACUUUUUUUUAAAGAAAGGAGGGGGGAAGGACCACCCCUGGAUCCAACAUAUGACUUUUUAAAGGCCCUGCCUCCUGGCGAUACUUUCCCUUAAAGGCUUGCAAGCGGGAUAAUUGAAAGGAAGGAAGGAAGGCGGUGAAUUAACUCUUUGUAAAAAUACUUGGUGGGGGGUAAAUCCUCCUGGCUCCUUCCUUCGCGGCCGGUCUUGGGCGGCUCGGAAAACGGAGGAGUGAGUGCUGGGAAGGGAAAAAAGCAAAAUAAAAAAGACAAGACAGUGCACGGGCGAGGUAGGAGGAUUAAGGCGUACCGGGGGCUUCUGCGAGCGCUGUGCUCCUUUGCCGGGACUUCCCUACAACAAGCGGAUGGACAAUCCCCGUUGGAUCCGGCUUCUGCAGCUUCUCCUCUGCCUGGCUUCGGUGCCUUUGCACGGUGCACAAGAAACUUCAGUGGAGAGCUGUUGCACACGUGGAUAUGAAUGGGCGAGUCAAAAAAACGACUGUAGUUCUCUGCCAUUAAACCCUGAUUCCAAAGAAUGCAGCAUAGCCGAGGAGCAGUGCUGUCUCAAUCAGUUGGAGGAACUGCACUGUGCCACUGGAAUCGCCAUUGCCAGCAAGCAAGAAGACUGUGACUUGCACAAAGGUAAUUCCACCUGCGAAGACAAGAUCAUUAAGAAAUGCUGCUACUGCUGCUCCAUGGGGAAGGUGGCCCAGAGGCAAGGUGACAGCUGUGAGCAGAGUUUGCUGAUGGGAUACCAGUGUGGAUUGGUCUUCAGAGCUUGCUGUGUUGAAGAGCAAGAAAAAGUCUUAAUUGUUGAUGGCCCAAACAAAGAACUGGACAAGCUGCCCCAAGGAACAUCUUUCCAAGAUACAGUAUCACCAGUGGAAAUUGACCCUGAAGAUAUUUACCUUCAUGAUCGCUGCAGAGGGGGCGGUCCAUGCACCCAGCAAUGUAGGAACACGGGUUCCAGUUUCCUCUGUUCUUGCUUUAUGGGCUACCAGCUUAAGUCUGAUGGUUUCACUUGUGAAGAUAUUAAUGAGUGUAUCAUUUCACCCAACUCUUGUGGCAUUGGACAAAUUUGUAUCAACACACUAGGCUCAUUCCGCUGUCAGCGAGGAACAAGUUGCGGAACUGGUUAUGAACUAACUGAGAAGAACCUUUGCAAAGAUAUUGACGAGUGUGAGACUGGUACUCAUAACUGCCUCCCCGAUUUUAUCUGUCAGAAUACUCCAGGAUCCUUCCGUUGCCGACCCAAGCAACACUGCAAGAGCGGCUUCAUACAAGAUGCACUAGGCAACUGUAUUGAUGUUAAUGAAUGUUUGAGUACAAAUAGUCCUUGUCCCACUGGGCAGACAUGCAUCAACACUGAAGGCUCUUAUGCAUGCCACAGGAAUGUGCUAAACUGUGGACGAGGCUACCAUCUUAAUGAAGACGGGACAAGAUGUGUAGAUGUGGACGAAUGUUUGUCAUCCAAUCAGCCUUGUGGGGAAGGUCACAUUUGCAUCAAUUCUCCUGGCAGCUACCGUUGUGAGUGCCAAGUUGGCUACUACUUCGAUACAAUCUCACGAACUUGCUCUGAUGUUAAUGAAUGUCGCCGAUACCCUGGUCGUCUGUGUGCUCACAAAUGUGAAAACACUGCAGGCUCCUAUUAUUGUAGCUGCACAAUAGGUUUCAAACUUUCAGCUGAUGCGAGGUCAUGUGAAGACCUGAAUGAAUGUGAAAGUAAUCCCUGUAGCCAGGAGUGCGCUAAUGUGUAUGGUUCCUAUCAGUGCUACUGUCGGAGGGGCUACCAGCUUAGCGACAUCGAUGGGAUCACAUGUGAGGAUAUUGACGAGUGCGCUUUACCAACUGGAGGACAUAUAUGUGCUUAUCGAUGCAUUAAUGUCCCAGGGAGUUUUCAGUGUACUUGCCCUGCUUCUGGUUACAAACUUGCCCCCAACGCAAGGAACUGUCAAGAUAUUGAUGAGUGUGUUACAGAAACACAUACCUGCUCACACAAUGAGACCUGUUUUAAUAUUCAGGGUGGCUUUCGCUGCCUUUCCUUGGAAUGCCCAGAAAAUUAUCGCAAAUCUGGAGAUACUGUCAGACAUGAAAAAACAGAUACCAUACGCUGCAUUAAAUCCUGCCGGCAGAAUGAUGUCAACUGUGUGCUAGAUCCAGUUCAUACCAUUUCCCACACUGUCAUUUCACUGCCUACAUUCAGGGAAUUUACAAGGCCUGAAGAGAUUAUUUUCCUUCGUGCCAUCACACCAGUGUACCCAGCUGCUCAGGCAGACAUCAUCUUUGACAUAACAGAAGGCAAUCUACGGGAUUCCUUUGAUAUCAUCAAGCGCUACAUGGAUGGCAUGACUGUAGGUGUCGUUCGUCAGGUGAAGCCCAUCAUUGGUCCGUUCUAUGCCACCCUCAGGCUAGAGAUGAACUAUGUUGUGGGAGGAGUCGUCUCACACCGCAAUGUUGUCAAUGUGCACAUCUUUGUUUCGGAAUAUUGGUUUUGAUUGACAUGCUGUUUGGAUGGAAACAGGAGAAGCCCCAAAGUGAAACUCCACUACAUGUUUGCUGAGUACAUGCUUUUGGGUUGGCCAGGCAGGGCGGGGCAAUAAAGCCAAAUAACUUUCUUUUCAUUUGAUGUAUUGGGUUUAUAGUUUAAUUAAAGGACAACUAGCAAACUAACUAAAAUUGAAGUAGGAUAGAUCAAUAUCCUUUGGUCCAAUCUAGCUGUAUUGUGUAGAUAAAGAAACAGCAUGAUGGGUUGGCCUGCCGUCCAGCUGAGUGUUUAACCUUGCUAAUGGUUUUGUAGAUACCCUUGAGAUAGGCUGCUUCAUGCAAGAUUGUGUAUCAAAGCCUUGCCUGUGCUCAUCGUUACUUUCCCUCCUUUGUUAGAAUGGUUAUGAAAACAGUUUUUCAUUGUGAAAACUAGGAGCUCACAUAAUCCUCUUAUGCAUUUGGAUUAUAGCAGACUUACGCUGGUAUUAACAAAUAUGUAAAAUGUCCUGCCCCAUCACCAUUUGAUAUUCUAUAUAUAUAUUAAUCUACAAUGGUGAUGGUGGGUUGUUCUGUGGUGUUUCAAGCCAUCCUUUCUUGCCACUGCAUAUGUCUGCUUUGUUUUGUUUUCUGUCUGAAGGUUUCAUUAAAAAAGUGUAUUGGAUCAGAAAAAUGCCAGUUAAAGCAAGGGUGGGCAACAUGUAGUCCUCCACAUGUUUCUGCCUACAACACCCAUGAUCCCUCAGCACUGACUGUGCUAACCAGGGAUUCUGGAAAUUGUACACCAAAACAGCUGGAGGGUCACAGUUUGCCGCUUCUGAAUUAAGAUAAUGCUGCACAAUUGAAAACUGUGUGUCCAAGAUACUGAGGCUCCAAAUGUGUUAAAAAUUCAGUGGCCAAGGUAGAAAGAACUGCAUGGCUAGUUCAACAUGUGCCCACAAGAGCUUUGGCAUUUCCCCAACAAGCCCUGUCCAUGUCAUUUGGAAAGUACUUUUUUGGGAAAAAAGGGGGGGGAUGUGGUGUGGGAAUCUGCUGUUUAAAGGAGAAAAGCAAACAGCAAUGACAAGGCAAAACCCUCUUCUGGAUCUUGUUUAAUGUUCUGUGUCCUUACACUUUCGAGUUGAAGGGGAAGAAAUGCUUGAGUUAGGGAUUCUGAACCUGUAAGACCCACUGGAAGUAAGAAUGCAGGGUACUACUCAAUCCAGAUACCAUCCUGAUGAGGUUGGACCCUUUCUUCCCAAAUAAUAAACCUUAAUACAAUUCUGUGUUUUUACAUUAAAAUGGUCAGACACCAGAUUUUGUUUAUAGUAUUGAUUUAAUAUCAGAUUGGUAAUGUGGUUUCUACUAGCACAGGGAAUAUUAAGAAAGCAAAAAAGGAAAGUUUUUACUGUCUGUUAAUGAUUAAUAGGGAAGACAUCUUGGGAAGGCAUCUCACUGGAGAAGACAGUAAAGCUAGGAAGACCAACUAUGAGAUUUCAUAAAGGAAGUCACAACCUUGAGUUUACAAACGCUGAGCAGGGCUAGUCAAGAAUAGAACAUUUUUGAGCACAUUCAGUCAUAAUGAUGUUGUGGAGCAACAAUAAAGGUGAUAUGAUAGAACAAUCGCUGGCAUUGCACAGUGUUACACAUUUAUUCCACUGCAUUUCAAAUCAAAUGGGUUUUUCAGUUUAAUGGAGCAAUACAAAAACUGCACAACCCGUGAACACAGCCAGCUGUGAAAUGUAUGUAUGACAUGGGAAAUGAUACCUCCUUCACACCAAGUUCAACUAAAGGAAAGUGUUGUCUCUUCCUAGCCUACAGUCAAUUAUUAGGGGACACUGAAGAAAAUUCAGUUUGUAGAAACAUCAGUAGAUAUGCUCUAUAAAAUGAAGAACAGAACUGAGAAUUUUGCUAAUUUACAUUGUACAAAAACGAGGUGUUGAUGGUGGAGCUGAAGCCUACUGAGUUUAUGUCUGUCUAUGAAGUUAUAGGUGCUUCACACCAGUUUAGCUGUCAUGGUUUCCCCCAAAUGAACUUGGGUUUUGGAGUUUGGGUGCAGAAAAUUCUCUGUUUUCCCUCAUAGAACAAUAGUUGGUAAUGUUCUGCAGGCAGAGGGAUUGGAACCAUUGUAUUCAUUGGCUUUCUGUGUAUCAAACUUAUCUGUGAGCCUAUAAUGAAAUGAAACAUCCUUCAAUAAAUGUUUACUGUAUCUACCAUUUCUCACACUAUUGUAUCAUUUUAUUAAACAAUUGAAAAUAAACUAUUUCAUUUUUCA